AUGAAGCGGGAAGAGGAAAUCAAUAUCACUCUCUUCUUUCCAGAAUUGGAUUUGAAUACGAAAGCUGUUGUGCGAAUGUGUAAUGGCCAGACGAUAUUAAAUCACAUCUCCGAUGAUAAACAACCAAAAACUUUCGCUUUCGAUCACUCUUUCUAUUCCACAGACGUCAAUGAUCCGAACUUUGCAAGUCAAGAAGAAGUGUUCAAAAGUCUUGGAUCCGGUGUUUUGGAGAAUGCAUUCGCCGGUUAUAAUGCGUGUAUUUUCGCUUACGGGCAGACAGGUUCCGGUAAAUCAUAUUCAAUGAUGGGUACAUCUGAUCAGCCUGGGAUUAUACCGCGUCUAUGCAAUGAGGUAUUCAGAAGGAUCAAAGAGACCACUUGUGAUAGCCUCCAGUACAAAGUUGAAGUUUCUUACAUGGAAAUCUACAACGAGCGUGUAAGGGAUCUUCUGGAUCCCAAGAAGUCAAAUAAACAUCAUCUGAAAGUACGAGAACAUAAGAUUCUUGGGCCUCUCGUCGAUGGCUUAUCAGUACUGGCUGUGGAUUCAUACGAGCAAAUUGCUUCGCUUAUCGAAGAGGGGAAUAAGUCGAGGACAGUAGCGGCAACUAAUAUGAAUGCAGAAAGUUCACGUUCACAUGCCGUAUUCAAUAUAACUCUUACACAAAUCCUAAAGGAUGUCGAUAAGGACUUCACGGGCGAGAAAGUGGCAAAGAUAUCCCUCGUUGAUUUGGCUGGUAGUGAACGAGCUGGUAAAACUGGUGCAAUGGGUAAACGUCUUGAAGAGGGUGGUAACAUUAACAAGUACGUUUCAUUAGAAUUGAGCUCGCUUACUUAUCGAAAUUGUUUUCUGUUUUUUUGCAGAUCGCUCACCACUCUCGGUAUGGUCAUUUCCGCUCUGGCGGAGCGCUCAAAUGGGAAAAAAGAGAAGUUCAUUCCAUAUCGUGAUUCAGUGCUUACUUGGUUACUGAAAGACAAUCUCGGAGGUAAUUCGCGUACGGUAAUGAUAGCAACGAUCUCGCCAGCUGCAGACAACUACGAGGAAACCCUCUCCACUUUGAGAUAUGCCGAUCGUGCUAAACGAAUCGUCAAUCAUGCUGUCGUCAAUGAGGAUCCUAACGCUCGCGUUAUUCGUGAACUACGUGAAGAGGUCGAGACUCUUCGUAUGCAGAUCAGCCAAACUUUGAAGGAACAUUCGGAAACCGCGGAAUUACGGGAACGCCUGGCUGAAAGUGAAAGGCUUGUUGCACAAAUGAACAAAUCUUGGGAAGAACGCCUGAAAGAAACUGAAACUCUCAACAAAGAACGUCAACGAGAUCUUGCCGAAAUUGGAAUCUCCAUUGAGUCAAGUGGAAUCAAAGUGGAGAAAGAUCGCUUCUACCUAGUAAACCUCAAUGCAGAUCCAUCGCUUAAUGAAUUACUAGUUUACUACAUCAAUUCAUCAGCUAUAAUAGGCAACUUGGAUGAGAUUGAGACCAGCCUCGAUUCAGGCUUAGGGAACUCAGUAGAGGACCUCGACAAAAAAGAAGGUCGAACCAGUAUCGUACUGCGAGGUUUGGGUGUCAUGCGACGACAUGCUAAGUUAACUGUGGUCGAGGAAAGAGGACGAUCCAGACUUUACGUUGAACCGUUGUCAGCUGAAGGACGAGUCUGUGUGAAUGGACGAGAAAUCUCGGAUCGAACACCUUUACGACAUGGUAAUCGACUGCUGAUUGGCAUGAACCACUUUUUCCGUGUCAACUGUCCAAAGGACGUCGAUAUGACGCAGUCAGUAAUGGAUGAGAGCGUUCUAUUCGACUAUAACGAUGCAUGGCAUGAGAUUUCCAUAUCUAACAAUCUGUUUUUGAGCCCUAUUUUACAAUUUUUUUUUCUUGAGGAGGACAAGCAGGCAGCUCUCGAACGCCAGUAUGAAGCCUUUGAACGCUACAUUCAGAAUCUGACAGCUGGAGGCUUCACUCCCUCGACGCCAAUGACACCAGGAUACGGUUUCGGAACUCCACUUGGUACCCCUGGGUCAGCAUUGCCACCUUUUCCAUUCCCAGCUAAUCCAAAACAAAUGGUCCGCAGCAAGUUCUUCUAUUGGGCUCAACGAAAAGAGGAAAUGUUUGCUGAGUCGUUGAAACGUCUAAAAAGUGAUGUGAUCCGGGCCAACGCUUUAACUCGUGAAGCGAAUAUGAUCAGUCGCGAGCUGGGCAACAGUCGUCGUCAGACCACCUACGAUGUCACCCUCCAAAUACCAGCAGCAAAUCUUAGGCCAAGUAAAAUCAAGGCAGGGACAUUUGUCUGUGAGCCGGUGAUUGUUGUACGUCGUUCGGGCAUGAGUGGAAGCCAGUUGUGGACGGUGGCGCAAUUGGAGAACAAGCUAAUCGAUAUGAGAGAGAUGUAUAACGACAAAAUAAAUGGAGUGGCGAGAGUCCCAUCAUGUGCUUCCAGCCCCGAAAGUUCUCCAUCUCGCUCGUUACCUCCGCCUUCCCCCGAUGAAGUGAUGAUCGAUCCAUUUUUUGAAAGCCAGGAACACCACAACCUCAUCGGCGUUGCCAACGUUUUCCUCGAAGUGUUGUUCCACGACAUGAAACUCGAUUACCAGGUUCCGAUCAUUUCGCAUCAGGGUGAGGUAGCCGGCCGCCUUCAUGUACAAAUUUAUAGCUUUUCAUGUAAUUUCCCAUUCGGUGACCCAGAAUUAGUCCGCAUAAAGAAGGCCUCAUCUCUGCCCGAGUCCUUGUCGCACUUCGUCUUCUGCCAGUACUCUUUCUUCAAUCUGUCCGAGAUGCUUGUCGUUGCGCCUGUCUUCGAUCCAUCAGAAUCUGCUGAAUCUCAAACACAAGCCACAACAUUUGUGUUUGACCACGAAAAGGACUUCAAAGUCGUUGUUACGGAAGAGUUCCUCGAAUAUGUGCAGGACGACGCGUUGUCAAUUGAGGUGUGGGGACAUCGAAAUGGAGGAGCUGUCGAGGAGGGUGAACCGAGACUUGAUGCCGAGGAGAAGAACAAGUCAUUGCAGGCGAGGUGGUCUGAAGUGUCAAGGCGGCUUGAACUGUGGACAGAAUUCCGGGAACUUAGCGAAACCGGCCAGUGGGUACCAGUUGAGGUGCGACAGCAGGAGGAUGUGGCUACUGGUGGAGUUCAUCAGCUCAAACAAGGUCAACAACGACGUCUCGUUGUGGGUUUGUCGCUUCCUCAACAUGGUGCCGGUCUACCUCUUGGCAUUGACACGAUAACAAGUGUAAGCAUUGGAUGUGUAUGUGUUUCGGAAGCAGGUGACCGAAGGAUGUUCGAUAGUUACCAGGAAGAAGAUCUUGAGCGACUACGCGCACAAUGGACGUUGGCGUUGCAAAGUCGACAGAAAUACCUUGAACAGCAAUUGGACUCGCUCUGUUCAAAAUCCGCCAAAUCCGAGGCCGAACUCGAACGCGAGCACUCGUUAAUGGGACAGUGGAUUUCGUUAACGGAAGAACGUACAGCAGUCUCCAUUCCAGCACCAAAUUCUGAUAUCCCUGGAUGCGCGCCAUUGUUGGGUCUAAACUGUUCAGAACAAGAGAUGCAUUGUGUUUUGUUUCAGAACACUCCUCGUGUGGCGGGUAUACAUUCAUUUUUGCCUAAGGAAGAAAGCGGCGGUCCGUUGGUCAUGCUUCCAAUCGUGCAUUUCGAUGAUAAAGAGGUAUUAAUCGCUACCUGUUCCUGGGACAGCUCGAUUCAUGAUCAUCCGGCUCUAAACGUUCCUUCAUCUUCAAACGAGAAAGUGUACGCCAUAGUCAAGGUCGGUGUACGUCUCUCACAUCCGUGUUCCAUGGAGUUAGUCCUUCGCAAACGGGUUUGUCUCAAUAUAUACAAGAAGGCUAGUCUUACGGAUCGAAUUCGAAAACGAAUCGUUGGAUCAGAGACGCUACAUCGUACUGCAGUGUAUUACGACGUCGUAGCACAUCUACCCAAGUCAUCACACGAUAUGGAGGAACGAUCCUCAUUAGCGUUGAUGGCUGCGCGUCAUACGACUGCUUCUGAAGACGAGAUAUCUAUCGGUAGCGAUGGCAGCAGACAUUCGAAUCGGCAGUUAAGUUACAUUGAAGCCUACACAAAGUCAAUUCAAGCCGUUGAGUCAAUGUUAAAGUUGGAUCGACUCCGACAAGAGGUUGCUAUCACCAACAUGCUGAGCAGGUACAAUUAUCGAUCGAUUGCUAUAAGCAAGAUAAAAGUGUACCCUAUACCAGAAAAAUCGAUUUCUGUGGUAAUUCAGACGAGAACGGCAACAACGACUUUCUCAUUUCGGAAUGCCAAGUCAGUCAUUCCGAAUGAAGCGGGCUGUCAGCCUCCCGAACGCUGCCUCAUUAGUAAGUCAUUACAUUCUGUGAUGGGGAAGAUAGCGAACUUAAAUAUUACCUCAAAAAUGUGCAUCAAUACGAAAUUGAAGCAGGCUUGA